AACCUGCGGCGGAUGGAGGGAGACACUAGAGAGGAACCAGGCAGAGAUCUCAACGAGCUACAGAACGCUGACUGGAACUACACCUUUUACUCCUCUACCUUAUAUUUCCAAGGGGUGAAAUGUGGUGGGAUCCUCUCCGCCUCUUCCGGCAACAUCUCCAGCCCCAACUACCCAGGUCUGUACCCGUACAACAUGGAGUGUGUGUGGCUGAUUGUAGUGGCCGAGGGGUCCUCCGUCCUGCUCACCUUCCACGACUUUGAGUUGGAGUAUCACGUCACCUGCUCCUACGACCACAUCAAGAUCUAUAACGGUGUAUCCGAGGAUGAGGGAAACCUCCUGGGGACGUUCUGUGGUGUCAUGUCCCCUCCUCAGUUCACCUCCUCCUGGAAUGUUAUGUCYAUCAUUUUCCACUCCGAUCGUCAUGUGACUCACAGAGGGUUCUCUGUGAGCUACAGGAAAGAUAUGUGUGGUGGGGUCCUAACCGGUCUGUCUGGCAUCAUCUCCAGCCCCGGCUACAGUCCAGAUACCCAGUACAGCAACAACGCCGACUGUUCRUGGACGGUCCAUGUAUCCAACCGCAGCGUGGUCAGUCUGGUCUUCCUCGACUUCCAGCUGGAGAACAACGAGGGCUGUAAUUUUGACUUCGUGGCUCUCUUCGACGGCCCCACCGUCACUCACAGACACCUGGGGAACUACUGUGGAGGGGAGAAGCCUCCUAAAAUUGUUACUACCUCCAACCAGCUGCUGGUGAUGUUCAAGUCUGACUUCAACAUCGGGGGACGAGGGUUCAAGGCUUACUACUACUCAGGUGAAUGCCAGCAGGUGCUGUCUGUACCAAGUGCCAAUUUCACCAGCCCCCACUACCCUAACAUCUACCCAAACAACAUCAACUGUCACUGGACCAUCAACCUGGCCGGGGGCUACCGCAUCAAACUGUUCUUCAACGCUAUAGAGCUAGAGGACAGGAACAGCCUAUCAGACGAGUGUGACUAUGACUCUGUAGCGGUGCAUGAUGGGAGCAGGGAGACAGCCCCGUUGCUAGGGCGAUGGUGUGGCUCGGAACAACCCGGGUCUUUGAUCUCUAAGAGCAACAACAUGCUGGUGGUCCUCAGUACAGACAGGAACUAUGCUUAUAAAGGGUUCUCUGCUUCCUAUGUAGGAGUGGUACCAGUUAACAUCAGCUGUACGAGGACAGAGUUUACCAUCCACAUCUCCCAGCAGUCACUGCCUGGGCUGGAACGUGAGAGUAUCUAUCUGGGGGACCGCUCCUGUACCGCCKAGCUGACACCUACCACCUAUAAGAUACUGGCACGCUUCGAAAAAUGUGGCACUGCAGGCCAGCCACGGCGUAACAUCACCAUGCUGGUGAACACGCUCUACAUCGACUUCUCCGACGGGAAGGGGCGGAGCAUCCAGGAGUACGAGGUACAGUGCGACGCCCAGCGCAAGAUGGCCACCAUUCACAUUGUCUCAGCCGAGGAGCGCCAGAGGAUGAACGAGCUGGCCCGACGCCAAGCAGAGGGGUCCGGGGGAGGUGGAGGGAAGGAGGCAGACCCAGAGCCUCACGACCCCAGUGAUAUAGUGUUUAUUAGCAUCUGUGUGCUGGCUGUUGUACUGAUGGUGAUUGCUGUAAUCUGGCUGGUACUGCUUUAGUAGAGAUGGGGGUAAGAGGAGGGAGAAGAGAGCAGAGGUGGGCGAUGCAGUCUGUGAGCCAGGACACGUUGAGGUUUAUAAUGAAAACUGACAGAUUUAUUUUUGUAAUAAAAUGACUAUAUUGCUCAUUUCAAUUGUACCAAAACAAUUAUUUAAUAUUGUCACCACUCUUGACAUAACAACAUUCAAUAAAAACACAGGCAGAGAUCAACAUUUGAUUUAUUUAAAUAUAGAAAAUCUAAGAUGAAUACAAAACGGCUCAAUUAAAAGAUGAAUGACCGUGUGCUCCACUGUCUUUCACCAUUUUGGAAAAAGGCACCAGUCCAG